UAAACACUCUAAUUUAUGAUACGGGGUGCGGCUGAGUUAUGGGGGGUGGGACAAAUCUCGUCUAUCAUAAUUGAUACCGAUUCAAUAUAUUGUAGCCAUACCUACUCUAUCCAGGUGCCUAGGUUGGUAAGUUAAAUACCUACCUGUUGUAGAUAUAUAUUUCCUCCCUGAUCAUGUUUCUUCAGUCCCGAAGCUUUUUUCUGUUUGCACACCAUUGUAUAAGUACUAUAAAUGACAAAUUUAGGACCCCUUACUACGGCCUAUCAGCCCCAAGGCACUGGCUGCCACUCGAUACACGUAGGCUCUACCACCGAUGGCGUGUGGUUACAGUACGGAACCACCAGUGGUUGUCUUCCAUCAAACUUUCGGCGUUAUGAUGGCUACUACUAUUCUCCAGGGGUUUGUCCAGAGGGGUAUACCUAUGCCUGUACAGCAGGUGUUGCGCUUGGAACGUCUAGUGCUACUGUCGCUACGUGCUGUCCUAGUGGCUAUACUUGUAGUCGCGCGGGCCCCAGCGAUCCCAAUGCGUGCCGGUCAACUAUGUUGUCGCCUACUGCUUUUAUUGUGGAUGUAUUGUCAUAUUCGGGAGAUUUUAUAACAAGUAUUGGUACCAGCAGUACUUUUUGUGAUAGUGGCAGGGAGGUCUUUGCUAAAGGGCUUGCUGUCUGGAGGGCCUCAAACGACGCCGAAUGGCCUGUACCAACUACUGUCAACUUACAUAUUACUACCUCAGCUGAAAAUACAUCACGAACGACACCAAGCAUAGCAGCCACGACAUCUGAGACGGCCGAGGCACCCAAUACAACAACUGAGUUGACGGGUAAAUCCGACAAUCUUAGUAAUGGUGCGAAAAUAGUGAUCGCUGUCGGUGUAUUAUUCGGUGUUCUCUUGUUCGUUGGAGCCAUUUUGGCAGCGUACCGUAUUGGCAAGAAAAAGGGUAAACUUCCACGAUCACUUGGUAGUGAUAAUGAGAGACGAUAUGAGUUUGAGACCCGGGAAGAACGGUUCAAGCAGGAAAGAAGCGUGGUGGAGAUGAACUCUGUAAGAGAACCUGUCGAGUUAAUGAGUUUACAGAGGUAAAUUCUAUUGGCUUUGGAUAUGGUUAUUUCGGGUUGGAGUCGACCGUCAAGUAACUGCCAUGAACUGAUGUUAUAACCCUUAAGUUUAUGUAGCAAACUAAUAGCAUUUAUAGUUUUACAAUAAUACCUGUAAACCUUACAGUGUGUCACUGUAAUAUUUCUAAAAUAAUCUGAUCUCAUGAUCUAAAAGAAUAAGAUGUAAUUCGCGCUUAGGUACCCCCUUAUGCCGUGACUUCAAGACGUCGGAAACUUCUCCCCUUGGUCCCA